AUGUCCAAAAUCCUUAAAGAUUUCCUGGCUGUUGAUAAAGAACAGGAAUUACUGCAAAGUUUUAUACGUUUAGGAGCGCCCAGCGAUGAUGAGGGCUAUGAGGAUUCUGCUCAACAUAAGAAAGGUGCUGCUAGAAGACGUGCUAGCAGCUACACUUCACCCAGAAAAAACGCAGAUAAUCGCCGUAAAUCGGUGAAAUUUUUCGAUGGCACUGAUGGCACCACCGAAAAAUCCACCGGACAACGCAUGAAUCGUAUAGAAGCUGAAUUAAGGGCAGCGCGUAAAAAGUCCGAAGAUUUAAUGGCCAAAAAGAAAAAACCCAAAGAGAAUUUUGUGGAUUUCUAUACUGAUAAAGAUCGUGCGGCGGCGGUUAGUGCGGGAGCGUAUGACAUUAAGCAGAGUUUGCAGAUCAAACAGAAACAGGAUCGUAAUGAGACGUUGCUAAUACCCGAUGAGGCCGAUAUAAGUUCGAUUAUAGCGUUGGGUUUGAAAGAAAUUAAAAAUGCGAAUCCUGACAAUGCCAUACAUUUCUUUUCAAAGGCUUUGGAACUCAACAACACCGAUCUCAAUGCUUUGGUCUCACGCAGCAAGUGCUACUUACUGUUGGGCGAAGCUUCCAAGGCUUUAAUUGAUGCCGAAACUGCCUUGGCCGAGGAUAAAAACAAUAUACGAGCCAUUUAUCAAAAAGCCGAAUCCCUCUACUACUUGGGACAAUUCGAACAAAGUCUCAUGUACUUUCAUCGCGGCCUACGGGCACGACCCGAAUUGGCCUCUUUUCGUUUGGGUGUACAAAAAACCCAAGAAGCUAUAGAAAACACCAUAGGAGUCAAGAAUUCAAAGCCUUCAACGGCGGGUAAAAACAAGCCAAAACGUUCGGGUGACAAUACACCCAAGUCACAAAUGACUACUUCUAGACCUCAAAGACCCAAGCCAACGAAGGCAGAAUUGGAGCGCCGCAAUGCCCGUAAGUUAUUGGGAGAACUGUGCGUGGAUAAAGAGUAUUUGGAGAAUUUACUGAAACAUCCCGAUUUGGUGAGAGCCGAUACAAAUACGGAAAACAUUUCAACGUUUGCCAAGGAGGCGGUGGAUUUUCUCAAUAAGCGCCAGGAAUUCUGGCGUCAGCAAAGACCCUGUACAGCUUUGCCGAAUCAUAAGAAUUUGCCCAUGGAUGCCAUGCCAAGGUGGUUUUAG